GCUCCGCUCCCUCAUUUCUAAGAAUCAAAAUUGUGCGUGCUGCAAUUGCUGUGUGUGUGCAUUCGGUGUCUGAAAUACAAGAACAGAAAAUUACACCGACAUUGCCGAUUAUUCAGUAAACUCAUACGGCGAGAUAUUUGUUUUCUUAGGCAACUGACUAUAGCCUACUUAGUUAACUUGCGAGUUCGAACCAGCAGACUAGCCAGUGAACUGAAACUUUGCAUUCCAGAUUUGCCUUUGGAAAUACCGAACGUUGAAGUCCAUAGUAUUUACUAAGUAGACAAUAGCUAGCGCAUUAGCUAGCUGGUUAGGGAAGUUCCGUGCAAGUUGAAAAGAGACAACCUUGGUCAGACGGAUUUUGAACAUUUCGACUUCGAAGAGACAGAACUCUUCAGAACGGCAAGGCCUGCGAUGGUGAACAGCCAGGUGACGGGCCCCAGGUCGUGCGCGGGCUGCGGGGGGCGGAUAGCCGACCGCUUCCUGCUCUUCUCCAUGGAGCGCUACUGGCACACGCGCUGCCUCAAGUGCUCCUGCUGCCAGGCCCAGCUGGGCGAGAUCGGGACCACCUGCUACAGCAAGGGGGGCAUGAUCCUCUGCCGCAACGACUACAUCAGGCUGUUUGGACACAGCGGUGCGUGCAGCGCCUGCGGCCAGUCCAUCCCCGCCAGCGAGAUGGUGAUGAGGGCGCAGGGCAACGUGUACCACCUGAAGUGUUUCACUUGCGCCACCUGCAGGAACAGGCUGGUUCCAGGCGACCGCUUCCACUAUGUCAACGGCACCAUUUUCUGCGAGCACGACCGGCCGGGCGGGGCCCUGCUGAGCAGCCACCUGCCCCCCCUGCAGAGCAGCACAGUGCUGCCGGACCAGAAGGUAUGCUGAGGUGACUGGGCCCGGCUUCUGCAGUGUGCCUUCAGCAUCACCCCUCCCUCCCACCCUAUAACCGCCCACCCCCCC